UAAUUCAAACUAAUAGUAAUUUUUCCCUUGAUUAGGACGGUGCUAACUAUUGUACAAUUAGCACCGUAGCCGUUCCCAGAAACUACUAAUGUUAAAAAUCAAAAGAUGAUGAUAAAAAAAAAUUAAAAAGCGUUUAACGGUGUGUAUUUAUAUAACGGUGUUUGAAGUGUUGGGGGGCUAAUAUGACACAUAUAGGUAAUUUAGUGACCGGAUUGGUCAUUGAGCCCCAAAAGUUAACUUGUACAAGACGCAGCCUGCCUCGUUAUAAACUUGUUUUGCAAUUCCUCAGCUUCAAAGCCCUAUUUUCAGUUACCCGCCUCAAUUUCCACCUUCGUCCGCCCAUGGAGACGCCGAUGGCGAGGGCAGAGCAAUCGCCGGUCCGAAAGCUGGCGGGAAUGGACGACGACAGGCUGAGCUCUUUACCGGACGAGAUUCUCUCCUACAUCAUAUCUUUCCUGCCAACCAAGUUCGCCGUGGGCACCGCCGUCCUCGGCCGACGGUGGAAGCAUCUCUGGACUAGGGUUUGCAAUCUCGAUUUCGACAAUACCAUCUGGGGUUGUUGCCAUGGUGCGAAAAGUCGUCACAGAAAACGCACGCGGCGGGAUGAAUACUUUGGAUUCUGCCGCUUCGUUGACAGGGUUCUGAGCGAGCACAAGAAUUUGGAUUCUCUGAAGCGUUUGAGCUUGCAUUUUGAAGAAGGUUACCCUUACAGCUACGGGAACCGGUAUCUAUGGUUGAAGAUGGAAUUGGGUUCUGGCUCUCUGCUCGAGGAAAUCGAUGUUAACUUUAAGGCGGAAGAUGGAACUGGCCCAACCUUUCCUAUGCACCGGCUUCCAGAGUUUUUUUACACUCUGACGCAUUUAAGAGUUUUGAAGCUGGACGGUGUUGUAAUGGAGACUGGGUCGUCUGUUUUUCUUCCUAAUAUGAAGAACUUGCAGCUCUUGAGGGUGAAGAAAGUGGACGGGGAGUCAUUAGGCAGGCUCCUUUCGGGUUGCCCUGCUCUGGAGACUGCUCAUCUGGAGACUGAUCAUAUGAAGAUUGAUGAGUAUCUACGCAGGAAGGAGGAGUGCAAACUCAUUGCUUCAUUACCAUGCUUGAAGAACCUAACAAUUGUCCGGUUCCAUUGUAUUACGCAUUGGGCGAUCGAAGCACCGAGUAUCGAGCAUCUCCAUCUUCGGAGUGUUUUUGCAGAGUUGCAGUUUUUGGGCAGUAGUAAAUUUCCAUGCCUUGAUUCAGUAACUGUUCUUGGCUCUGUGGGCAUGAUCUGGGAACUUUGCCUGCUUUAUUUCCUCCAACAGAUCUCCAAUGCAAAAGAAUUGAGCUUUUCUUGGCAGCCGCUUGCUACGCUCCAAGUCCGUUGUGAUUUCGAGCUGCCAGCCUUUCCCAAUUUGACACAUCUGAAACUCGCAGUUGAUGCAAGCAUUCUGCACCGGUUUCUCAACUCGGCCCCCAAUUUACAAUCUCUUGUCAUUUGUAUGGAAUCGAAGUUGGGCGACUCGAUGAUACGACGGGAGCCAGUACCUGCCUACACACCUGAGUGCCUCUUGUCGAGUCUUGAAAAAAUCAAGAUCGUGAAUUUCGAAGGAGUUGAGGAUGAGAAGAAAAUGGUGGCGUAUCUGCUGAAGGUCGGAGCUGUUCUGAAGGAGGUUAAUGUGCAUGUACCUAGACGUCGUGGUCCUGAGUUUGGAAAGCUUGCAUCACUGCUAAAGCUGCUACCGCGAGGAUCGAGUGCUUGUGAAGUUCUUGUUUUCGAUGAAGAUGACUAUUUCGAUGACAGCGACCAAUGAGACCGACAAAUGGGGGGGAAGGGGCGGGUUGAAUUUUCUCUUAAAAGGAUAUUGUGAUGUAGCAAGAAUAGUUAGUGUGAGACUAUGCCCUAGUCAGUUGAUCAUUGAACAAUUGGAGGUAGUGAUAUCUGAAAACCAACAUUUCAAAUUUGAUUAUAAAGAAUUUUACUUCUGCCUUAAAAAGUGUAUUAGUUAAUUAUUUUUGUGUUGUAAUUAAUUAGAUUUGUUUAGAUCAAUGCAGUCAAAAUCGCGCGCUUUAAGGCGUAAAAGCUUACGGUUUUACGCUUCUAGGCCAUCAAAACGUUUUUCGUUUCCAUAUAAAAUCUUUAGUGUAUAAAAUCGAGAGUAAAUUGCGCUUUAAAGC